AUGGUGUCGCAACCAGAUCCGACGGCGCAGUACAACCUCCAGCAUCGCCAUGGUCAUGGCCACUCAUCUGCUGCGUCUGCUAUCCUGCCAAGGCAUAGCGGCCACACAAGCACACGGUCGAAGCGCUAUAAUCGCUCGCAUGCCGGCGGCGAUUCCUAUUCUCCCCUCAACGAAUUCCCCGUCUUUUCACAGUCUGGCGAUGUCGAGGUAAUUAUUAGAGCUGGACCGCUCGAAAACCGAUAUCUCCUGCACAGGGAAAUCCUCACGCGAUGUAGCGGCUUUUUCGAGGCAAGCACAUCAGAAGAAUGGUCCCGCGCUCGUGGCCCGGACCCAUCCACGAAACCCAAAGUUCGACAGCUCGCAGCAGGCAAUGAAGUUGCAUGUGUCAAUCCAAAUGGUUCCAUCUUGAGCCAAGCCGACUCGACCACUGGUGCUGGUCAGGCGGCUGCUGUCUCUGUCUCAGGCAAUAGGCGGUGGCGUUACGAGUUGGAUCCUGGUCGUGGCCAAGACGAUAUUCCGAUGCUCGUGCAAAACGAUCCGGUAAGAGACGAUAAAAUACAGGCUGCGCAUCAAUCCAUCUUUGCGACUCCUAGACCCGGUUCCAGCUCUGGCCCCGACUCUGGACCUCUGAGCAGAUCCCGCCACAGCAAUUCCCAAUCACGCACCGCGCCUCACUCUGCCAAAGGCCAUCGGUCAUCCUUUUCCCAGUCUCUCGCCAACCUCAGUUUAUCAUCGCAGCCACGAUCUCGCAGUCGAAACAACAAUACAGUCAUCGUCGCCGUUCCGGAGGAAGAGGAUCUGGUCCGCGAUUACGAUAACUUGUUCCGCAUUUUCUACAACUACCCGCCGCUUCUGGACGGUGUCAAUGUCGCCGAUGCCUAUAUCCAGUGCAAGCGCCUGCUCGGCCUGGCUGAUCAGUAUGAUGCACUGGCUGUGGUUGGUCCGCGGGUUGAUCACCACCUACUGCAAUUUCAAGCGCGCUUAUGGAAGCAAAUUGCCAAGUACCCUGUGUCCUACCUGCGCUUAGGCUAUCUGGCCCGCUCAAAAGUCAUCUUCCAAGAGGCUCUUGUUCACGUGGUUGGUCAGUGGCCUGUUGGCGAACGCAGCCUUCGGGCGUCCAUGCCCGACUCCGUUCUGGAUCUCAUCGAGGACAAGGUUGACGAUCUGGAAUACACGGUUAGCCGCGUGGAGCGUCGGUUGUUCCGCCUAACCCUACUGAACUCCCAUGGGGAGCGCGUGUCGCCGUCGUCGAAUUACUUGGACUGGCUGGUGGUCAGCUACUUCCGUGAGUGGCUUACAGAUAAUACAUCGCCACCGCCACCAUCGAAACGGACAGCCGAUAACAAAAAGUCGUCGUCGGCUUUGGCAAACAGCGGUGCCUUUGCGCCUCUCCCUGCACUGGGUGCUAUCGGUCGUGCGUAUCGCACGCUAGCCGGAAGGCCAAACGCGUACCUGGCACACAGCGAGUGCAAGGAAUUUCUAAAACGGACUCCCGACCUAUACAGUCGCGAUCAUUUGCGGCGUUUCGAAAAGCGACUGGACGAACUCAAAGCAAUGGCGAGAGACAUUGUUGCCCCCUUGAUGGGGAGCAGUCUUGAGCUGGACCUCGCUGCUGGUGGCACCGCAGGCGGAAAGCCACCGAGCGAUGGAAUACGAUACCUGACGUGUACUUCGCCCAUGGCAUCCAGCAACAGAAGCCUCCAUUUGUCCGACGGCUUCGCCAUCAGCUGCGGCACCGUCGCCGUCGACCCGCACGCGUCCAAGGCGCUCCUCAUCCGCUCCCGCUCCACCGGCGAGGUGUACCUCCCCAAGGGCCGCAAGGACGUGCACGAGGCCCUCCCCGACGCCGCGCUGCGCGAGACGUGGGAGGAGACGGGCGUGCGCGCGGCGCUCCUCCCCGUGCGCAUCCCCGUGCUGAAGAUUAUCUUCUGGUUCGUGGCGAUGGCGGACGCGGGUGCGGAGAUGGGGGAGGGCGCGCAGCAGGACGGGGAGGACUUUGAGGCGCGGUGGGUGCCGUGGGACGAGGUCGGCGCGACGCUGACGUUUGAGGACGACAGGCGCGUCGCGGAGGCGGGGAUCGAGGCGGCCAAGGCGGCUAGAGUGCGGUGA